AGGAAAAAAAAAAAAGGAGAAGAAAAAUAAAAUAAUACCAAAAAGGAAAUAGGGUACUUCUUCUCUCUCCCGCACAGAUCUGCUGGCUUUUCGCUUCCUGGCAUCAAAUUUUCUGUCUUGGCUCCCAACGCUCGAAACAACACAGUCAUCCAAGGUUGAGUUGAAUGGAGGGAGUUGGGGGCGACAGUGCAGCAUCAACACCUGUGAACGUAUUUUGGCAAGAUGUGUGGAGGCGGUACCAGUAUUUUCUGGAUAAGACGACUCCACAUGCAGUCUAUAGAUGGAUUGGGACCCUUGUUGUAGCGUUGAUCUACAUUUUGCGAGUUUAUUAUGUUCAAGGGUUUUACAUUAUCUCAUAUGGUCUGGGGAUUUAUCUGCUGAAUCUUUUGAUUGGAUUCUUGUCGCCUUUGGUUGAUCCAGAGAUGGAAGUUUCAGAUGGGCCUAUGCUGCCAACAAAAGGUUCUGACGAAUUUAAGCCAUUCAUUCGCCGGCUUCCAGAGUUCAAGUUCUGGUACUCCUUCACCAAAGCUCUGUGCAUUGCUUUUGUCAUGACCUUCUUUGCUAUGUUUGAUGUUCCUGUCUUCUGGCCCAUUUUACUUUGUUACUGGAUUGUUCUGUUUGUCCUUACAAUGAGGCGCCAAAUUGCACACAUGAUCAAACACAAAUAUAUUCCAUUCAACGUAGGGAAGCAGAAAUAUGGCAAGAAACCUUCUGCAAGUGGCGGUGGCUCCCGUGGUGACUGAACCUCUUCUAAUUUUAUGAUUAGGGCAAAUAUAAAUUUACCUGAUGGCCAAAAAAAACAAACAAAAAAGGAAAGGCUUAGUAGGGAAGAUUUAGGAUGGUAGAUUUCUUUUUUGUAUGGAUUGUAAUAUGAAGUUCAACUGUCUUGUUUUUUCAUGCUACCAGAAGAAUUGCCGAUGUUGCAGGGAGACUUUUUAUUGUCCAUAUACAAUUCAGAUUCAAUUAUUACGUUUUUCAGAUGACUGUCAAUGUAUCUGCAUCUGCAUGAUGCAGAAUAUUUCCA